AUGACUAGACGAUGUAGUUUACUAAAUAAUGUCAUCAAAACAACUUUAGUUUUUUAAUAGUUUAGCACUGAAAUACCAACACUUAUUUAACUAAUUUUUGGAUUUAUAGCACAACUUUAAAUUAUUAGUUAUUUAGAAUAGCCUACAUUUUCUAUUGAAAAUUCUUUUAAAAUCGUUUUAUUUUUUACUAGACCCCACAUAUUCAUUUUUACUUAAGACGAUAAUUCAACGUUCUUUAUUGCUAUGUUUCUAUUUAUUUAAAUACUAAUAGUGAUUUGGAUAUAUAGUUGUGUAAUUGUUAAUAAAUCAGAAUAAAAGAAUAUUAUAAAUGAAAUUUAUCACCUCCAAUUAAAUUCAAAAAUUACAAGGUUGAUAGUAUAAAUAAAUGCCAUAUUUUUGUUUGUGAAUAAGGUUUACAUAGGUAAUAACAUAAUAGAGAUGAGUUUACUGAUUGUGCUGAAAUAGAAACAACCACAACUGUAUUUAAUAUGUAUGGGAGUAUUUUUGAUUUUCGAAGAAACAAUAAUUUUAUAUGGAUAAUGGUAAUUGAUAAAUAGAAGUAUUAAAUUUAUACCAUCAUUACAAUACUUAACAAUUAAUUAAUCUUAUACUAGUGUAAUAAAUUUAUUUCUUAAAUUCCUCUAAAUUAUUUGCUAUGUAUUGUUAGAAAACAAGUAAGGUGCAAUAAUAAUUUAAUCAAUCCUCAUUAUAUUAAGUUUUCUCCAUAAACUUCUCUAGAUUUAGUACAAUUAAAUCCAUAUGAAAAGUAACUAUUAAAAUUUGAUAAUCUCUUUCAGUAGUUUUGGAAUACUAUUGGGAAUGAUGGGAAUUCUCAAUUCCAUAUUUCCUGACUUCUUUACUCGAGAUUGGAUAUAUUUGUUCCCUUUACAAAUCUAUGUGAUUAAGAAAUCUCUUAAGGUUGAACUGCACUAAUUUAUGGUUUACAAAAAUUUUGAAUAAUUGUCAAUUAACGAAUUAAAAUAUAUAUCAUGCAUGAUCCUAGAUGGACUAAGUUUGGAUAAUAUAAAAAAUCAUUUAUUUUUAUAUUAAUUUGUUGAAAAAAAUUCAAAUAAAAGUGAAAAAUUAUAUUCUAUAAGAGAAAAGGAAUUAAGUAAGUAAUCUAUUGAAAUUAUUUAACAAUUUAUACAAUAGAUGAUUCUUAGGCGUUUAGAAUGUCUUUCAGAAGAGAUAAAGAAUCCUUUUAAAUUGUUAUAGAUAUACAUCAAUUAUAUUUAAAACUUGAUUGUUUUGAGUCUCUAUGUUGAAGCGUAAUAAAUUAUAGAAUAGUUAUUUCGAUAUACAUAAAAUAGCCCUUCCAAAAUAGUCUCAAAAACAUUUAAACUAGUUAUAAGAGCUGAAUUGAAUUCAUUAUAUAAAAUCUAUUUUGAAAUUUUAGAAGAUAAGAUUAUUGCAAAUAUGCAAAAUAAAAUGAUCUAAUAAUCUUCAUAGCUAAGAUUAAAUAAUUAAACUAUAUCUUAAGCUAUUAAACAGCUUACUAUUAUUAAUUCUAAUAAUAUAGAUGUGUAAAGUAUUUUUAAGGAUGUUCUACAAUAGAAAUUAGAAUUCCUGAGUUUUAACUAAAAGGAGAAGAUAUCUGAAUAAGUAUUUAGUAAUAAAGUUUAUUAAAUUUUGACAGAGUAAGAGCACUUGCUAACUAAGUUGAAAUCAAACUAUGAUUUAUUCCCAACAAUAUAGAAUUAAAGUAUACUGAUGACAUACUAAGUUUAAGUUUUAAACAACUUUCUUGAUGCUUACUAUUUUAGUUAAACGAUUGCAUUAGAUGAAGAUAUUAUCCUUAAACAUCAUUAGUCAGAAAUGGUUAAUUUUUUUAAUUAAUCCUUCAAUUUUGUGAUUUUUGAAAUUCAUGACCUUCAAAACAUUUAGAUAAAAUAUCAUUCAGCAAGUCAGAAUGAGAACUUCACUUUAAAAGAGGGAAAUCAAUUGCAUCAAUUGAUUCCUCAAUCAUUAAAGACCUUCCAUUAGUUAUUAAUAGAAAAAUUUCUGCUAUCGAUGAAACUUUCAUUUAGAUAAGGGAAAGGUAUAUUUUAACCUAUAGACAUUUGCAUGGAUUUAAAUUAUAAAAAUACUCAAAAUAUUGAGAUAAUUACAGUUUAUCGUUCACCUUAGUGUGAUAAAUAAUUGAUGCUAGUCGAUUCUAACUUACGAUUACAAGAAAUCAGUCUUUAUCUUUUUUCAAACGGCUUUAAUAUUUAAGAAAACCAAAUAGACUUCAUUAUAGGUCUACAUAUAACUAAAGUGAUUCCUGGAUUCAAAAGAUAUAUUGAUGAGAAACUCUUUGAUAUAAAGAAUUGUCCUAUCAAUUUCUUUAAUUAUUAGGAUGAAUAGGAUUCUAAAACAAAAUCUAAAACUCACUAUAAUUUUGAUGAUUUUGAAUAGAUUUCUUUUUAUUCUUGCCAUUUAACUAUAAUUCAAAGAGUUUUUGUUGAUAACUAAUUUUAUUAUAUAUUGAAAGUGGAUAACCUAAAAUUAGAUAGAGCCAAUUCAUAUAGUUAAUUUAAAAUGACCUAAAAUUCAGAACACUUUUGUGAGAUGGAUGAGGAAAUUGAAAUUAAUAUACCUGAUUUAGACGAGUUUAACCAAAAAUAAUUAAUUUUAAAUACUGAUAGAUAGGAAGCAUAGUUAGAAUUAAUACAAAAUCAUUAAGAAUACGAUUAAAACUAUGAUAAGAAAUUCACUGAAACUUCAAUAUUUAAUAAAUAGAAACAAUAAGCAUAGAUUGAAUAAAAUGAAGAUUCUUCUAAUCUAUCUAGUAUUGCUAAAAUUAAAAAAUCUCCCUUUUAUAAAAAAUUUACUCAAUAUUCCACUAUUAUUAACUCAACAAAUAGAUCUAAAAAUUUAAUUGCCUUCAAUAUUUUCUAUUUAAUAUAUAUAAUAUUAAUUCUAACAUUUUCAAUCAAAGUGAUUGUUGCUACUUAUUAAAUUAAAGAGUAUAUUUCUCAAAUGAAUUUACUAUCCAUUAAAAAUGAAGUUUAUUAGCCAAUUGAAUCAUUUUUAUUAACAAGAUAUACUAUAAUAACUUAUAAUACACUUUUAUAAGCAAAGGUUGUUACACAAAAUGAAUACUACUAUUUGAUAAAGUUCCCAAAUUCAAAUUUACUUUCAGGUUAUGACGACUUAAAAAUUAGUAUUACCAAAGUGUUAGAUAUUCCUGAGUUUUAGCCCUUUUUGUAAGAGAAUUAUUAAAUUAUAACAUUAUAUGAAAAAACAAACAUUGGGAAGGAAUACAAUAUAACAUUUCGGGAGGCCAUUCAUUUGUUAUUAAAUUAUUAAUACGAUUAUAAAUUGGCAUACACAGUUAAGUCAAUAGUCAUAGAUGGCCCCUACUUUUAUUAUUCCUAUAAAAAUUAUAUAGUAUUAUUCAAUAAAUUUUUGGAGUUGUAAAAUUACACUUUAGAAUCCACGUUUACAUUAUGCGAUUCAAAUUUAAAGGAUAUUUAAAUAUAUCUUAUAAUUUUUGAUGUGUUAACAUUUUUAAUAGUAAUUGUUAAGGUCUAUCACAAAGGUUAAAUAAGAUAAUUUAAAAAUAAGAUUCUAACGCUGAUAAGAAAUUAAGAUCUUCACUAAAAUGAAUAGGAUAUAAUGAUGUUGAAAUAAUUUUAGUUACAAAUAUUAAAUAAUAGACAUAUGAUUUAUGGAUAUAAAUUAGAUUUAGAUGGAAUUGAUAAAUCUUUAAAAACGCGGUAAUAAAAUUUUAAAUAAAGAUAAAUAAAUUAAAAGAGAUAAGUAUCUUUACAAAUGAAGAAAUAGCUAUUCUUAAUUAGUUUCCAUUAUUUAAUAUUUUUUGGAUUAAGUCUAUUAUUUUACAUUAUUAUAAGAAAUUAUUUGGAUAAUUAUAAACAAACAGCCCUAUAUUAUUCUAAAAUAUCCGAUACAAGUGUGAAUGUAUUAAUAAUUUAUGCUUGGAAGGAAGCAUUAUAUUUCAAAUCUACUUUUACAUUUUUAAAUAAAACAGAAAUUUAAUAAUUUUAAGAUCACAUUUAAAGCAGUUUAACAUCCUUGUAAUAAAUCGCUUCAAGUUUAGUAAAUAUAAAUGAUCUGAAUUUCUUAUUUGGAGAUUCAACAGAAAAAAUAGUAAAUAUAUUAACCUAAGAUUCAGUCUGUGAUAAUUUGAGUGAUGUAAGGAAUAUUUAAUAUAUUUAGAAAUACAAAACCAAAGCAGAGUCUAUUUGUAAUUACGUAAUGUAAGGUGUUCUGACGAAAGGGUUAAUUAAUUCUUUAAAUUACAUGAUUAACAGUGUAAAAACUGAAUAUGAUACUACUCAUUUUGAUACUAGAUAGGCUUAUCAAUAAUUAGAGUUAGAAGGUGCUUCUUUAGUAUCUGAUGUUUUACUGUAACUUACUACUUCCCUAAAAGAAGAAUUCACUACAUUAACAAUAGAUAUGCAAUUUCAAAUAUUUAUUUUUGUAUCUGUUUUUAUCAUAUUUGAAGUCGUGACAAUCUACUAUUUAAAUUGUUCAUUUAAAAUUGAAUAAAGCAGAAUAGAUUUGUUAAAGAAGUUCAUAUAUUUGAUGCCUUUAGGAACAUUAUUUUAUGAUGAAUAAUUCUAAAGACAAUUCAAAAGAGUAAUGAUUAAUGAAAAAAUUGCUUGA